UCCCGACACUAUAAAUGGCGGGUGCCACCUUAGUUUGUUCCUUUUCAGUCGAGCCUUGGAACGGAACAUGUCUGGUGGCUCUGCGGACUAUUCCAGAGACCAUGGCGGCCCAGAGGGAAUGGACCCCGAUGGUGUCAUUGAGAGUAACUGGAAUGAGAUUGUUGACAAUUUUGAUGACAUGAAUCUAAAGGAAUCUCUUCUAAGAGGAAUUUAUGCUUAUGGUUUUGAAAAGCCUUCUGCUAUCCAACAAAGGGCAAUCAUCCCCUGCAUUAAAGGGUAUGAUGUGAUUGCCCAAGCUCAGUCAGGUACUGGCAAGACAGCCACAUUUGCCAUUUCCAUCCUGCAGCAGCUGGAGAUUGAUCUCAAGGAGACCCAAGCUCUAGUAUUGGCUCCAACAAGAGAACUGGCUCAACAGAUUCAAAAGGUUAUUUUGGCCUUGGGUGACUACAUGGGUGCAACAUGCCAUGCUUGUAUCGGAGGCACAAAUGUCCGUAAUGAAAUGCAGAAGCUGCAAGCGGAAGCACCUCACAUAGUUGUUGGGACUCCUGGGCGAGUGUUUGAUAUGCUGAAUCGGCGCUACCUAUCUCCUAAAUGGAUCAAGAUGUUUGUUUUGGAUGAAGCAGAUGAAAUGUUGAGCCGUGGGUUUAAGGAUCAAAUUUAUGAAAUCUUUCAGAAGCUAAGCACAAAUAUUCAGGUUGUCCUCUUAUCUGCUACAAUGCCCACAGAUGUGUUGGAAGUGACCAAAAAGUUCAUGAGGGAUCCAAUUCGUAUUCUUGUGAAAAAGGAGGAGCUGACUUUGGAGGGUAUUAAGCAGUUCUAUAUUAAUGUUGAAAGAGAGGAAUGGAAGUUGGACACUCUAUGUGAUCUGUAUGAGACACUGACCAUUACACAGGCUGUAAUUUUUCUUAAUACUAGAAGAAAAGUUGACUGGCUAACAGAAAAAAUGCAUUCAAGAGAUUUCACUGUAUCUGCUCUGCAUGGUGAUAUGGACCAGAAAGAACGAGAUGUCAUUAUGAGGGAGUUCCGGUCCGGAUCUAGUAGAGUAUUGAUCACUACUGAUUUGCUGGCACGUGGCAUAGAUGUGCAGCAGGUUUCCCUGGUGAUAAAUUAUGACCUACCCACCAAUCGUGAAAAUUACAUUCACAGGAUUGGACGUGGCGGUCGCUUUGGUAGAAAAGGUGUGGCAAUUAACUUUGUUACAGAAGAGGAUAAAAGAAUACUUCGUGAUAUCGAGACUUUCUACAAUACUACUGUGGAGGAGAUGCCUAUGAAUGUGGCUGAUCUUAUUUGAUCCAUGGGAUGAGAUUUUUUUGAAUGCCGUACUCGCUGUUGCUGAAUUGGCGGAUCACGACGCGCAUUUGUGCUUUUCUUUGGAAAUAUAUUGAAUCUUGUCUCAAUGCUCAUAACGGAUCAGAAUUCCAGAUUUUUUGAUAAGCAAAGCGACAGUUGCCUUCUGGAAGGGAAGCUGUGGGCUUAUCCUCUUUCCAGAGUUUAGACUGUUGGGGUGGGUUGUAAAGCAAUGGGGUCUUUACUUUUUUGUUUUAGAAAUGUAUUUCCUAGUUAUUUAGAAGUGGCUGUGUUUGAUGUUCUUUAUCAUUUAAUAACUUACUUAUGGACUAAAAAAUAUAAGUGCUGUAUAAAAUCAGCCAAUUAUGGUAAAUUAGCAUAUGCACAUUUAUUGUACAUUACAGAUGUAGCAUUGCUAAAUUAAAAAAGCCUAUCUUUUGUUUAUGUAUUUAGUAAAAUAAGUGCAUUUGUGCUAGACCCUGAACCCCAACAAUUGUUUGUCUUUGGUUUAAAUGUAAAGUUGCCACAUUGCACAUGAAAUUCAAUGUUUAAUAAAAAAUAUAUUUACUCCC